AUGAAUGAUAUGGAACACGAAGGGUUUGUUGUUCCCGGGGAUCUGAUUCGAGUUCAGGUGGACUGGGUCAUCGCAUCUGAGGCAUCCUGGACUGUAAAUGAGAAGAAUAUUGUGCUUGAUGAUACAUCAAUACUGAGACCGCAACACCAGGGAAUGGAGAGAACAUAUGAACUCUUGUGGAACCAGGAAUAUUCCGGAAUGACCAAUUAUGGCUUGCUGGAGACCAUGGCGUUGACCCCAGAGUAA